AUGCUUCCUCUACCAGGCCGACCUUCUCCAUGCUAUCCUCCUGGUUCUCCAGGAUAUGGACUUGGCGCUACCCAUCCUUCUGGGAGUUAUGCUCCACCAGUGAUGCCCCCUAAUCCAUCCCAUCACCAUCCACAUCCAUCCAACCUAACUCACACACAUCUAGCAACACAACAACAACAGCAUCAACAACAUCAACCGCAUCAACAACAUCAACAGCAACAGCCACAACCUUCUAUGUCCGGCCAGCAACACCCACAUGGGCAUCCUCAUGCUCCACCGCCACACCACUUCCACCCAUCAGCCUAUUUACACAGUCAUUCUCAAACUUGUGUAGGGCAUCCAGGACAUAGCCUCCCACCAGGUCCACUCUCAUCAGCUACAGCGCCCCAGCACAUACACCAACAGCAUCAACAACAAUCUCACCAGCAACAUACCCAUUCGUCUGUUAGCGCUUCAGGACUGACUGGGCAAGGAAGUGGCUAUUCUUCACUUCAGACUAGUGUGCCUCCAUCGACGUCUCACCAGCGCCAACAGCAAUCCCAGUCAAUUCAGCAACAACAGCAGCAGCAGCAUCAGACCAAUGGACCUCUGGGCCCUUCUCCCGUCUCCCAGGCGUCCGUAGUGCAGUCACAACAUCCGAACUUCUCAACUGUGCACUCCAUUGAUCCCUCUAUGGAUGGACGAGUUAACAAGCAAAAUUGA